AAGGAGCAGCGAGACGCUCAAUCUAGUGGAAACGUGGAAAUCCUGGAAAUCCAUGGAAAUCCUGGGCUUGCCAACCUGUUCUCACUUGUCACUCUAGCUUCCAUUUAAGUCACUUUCCAUGUCUUGGAACCCAGAAAGAGCAAGAGCCAAUAGCUCUGGAGACCCAAUUGUUUCUGCAUCAGAGUCAAAGAAACGAGGUCAGUUAUGUGGUUGUAAUCUGUCAUCUUCUUUUGAGCUCCAUCAAUACCUUUACACAACCCUUUUGUGUUCUUGAUCUGAAAAUGGUUUUCUCCACUGUUGAGCCCAUCAAACACUUCCACUAUAGUUUCUUGCAGUGUUCUUUUCUUACUUUGUAAUCACUUCAAGAACAUUGGACCUACUUUGAACUUGUUAUUGAGGUAUCUAGACAAUUAUGUGCUAUUUUUCUUCGGAUUUCCCAGUGUGAGUUGUCUUUCCGGGUAGCUGGGUAUCCAUUUUUCCCCCUUCUCUAUCAAAAUUCUUGUAGAAAUUUGGCCAAAUUCAAAGGAUUAGUUCAACCAGAUUGCAGAAAUUUUUAAUGGGUAGUUUCUGUCAGCAGAAAUCAGUACAUGGGGGCAGCUAGGGAAACCAUGGGUCGGUUCCCUUUUUUUAGAACCUUUUGUUUGUGCCUUAUCCUUGUGUUCAAAAUCUGUAUGGCCAGCACUCCAAAUACUGGCCAGAUUUAUCCUGGGUUUCAAGGGUCUCAAAUGGAGUGGAAGGAUAAUAAAGGGAUGUUUCUGCUUUCCAACAGUUCAACAUUUGCUUUGGGCUUCUUGAAUACCCUUGAAGGGUUGUUUGUACUUGUUGUCAUUCAUGUGGCUAGUUCCAAAGGAGUUUGGACUGCUAAUAGGAGCUUCUUGAUUCAAAAUUCCGAUAAAUUUGUGUUUGAGAAAAAUGGGAAUGCUUACUUGAAAGGUGGCGAUAAAAUAAUUUGGUCCACAGAUACAGCAGGGCAAGGUGUUACAGCCAUGGAAUUGCAGGAUACAGGAAACUUGGUAGUACUUGGUGAGAAUGGGAGAAUUCUCUGGCAGAGUUUCAGUCAUCCCACCGAUACGCUUUUAUCCGGCCAGGAAUUUGUGGAAGGAAUGAAACUUAAAGGUUUUCCUAACCGUGAUAACUUGUUUAAUUAUCUUGAAAUGAAAUCUGGGGAUUUGAUUUUGUAUGCAGGGUUUCAAACUCCACAAACCUAUUGGUCCAUGUCGAAUGAGAGCCGGAAAACCAUUUACAAGGGCCAUGGCAAGGUCCACUCUGCUUCCAUGAUGUCCAAUUCAUGGAAUUUUUAUGAUCAAAGCCAAGCCUUGGUUUGGCAGUUUAACUUCUCAGAGAAUUUGGAUCCGAAUGUCACAUGGGCUGGUGUUUUAAACUCUGAAGGGUUGAUUUCUUUCUAUGAUCUCCAAAAGGGAAAUUUAGCUCCUGCUGAGUCAACUAAGAUUCCUCAAAAUUCAUGCAGUGUUCCCGAGCCUUGUGAGCCAUAUUAUGUUUGUAGUGUUGACAACAGAUGCCAGUGUCCUUCAGCUCUCAACUCUAGCAUUAACUGCAAGCCGCAGAUCACAUCAGUCUGUAAUGUCUCAAAAAAUUCAGUAGAGCUUUUACAUGUAGGUGACAGCCUUAACUAUUUUGCGCUUGGGUUUGUGGCACCCUCUUUGAAAUCAGAUCUAAAUGGUUGCAGGGAAGCUUGCUUUGGUAAUUGUUCAUGUCUUGUGCUCUUCUUUGAGAACAGUUCAGGCAAUUGCUUUCUGUUUGACCAGAUAGGAAGCUUUCAACGCUCUAAUUGGUAUUCUUCUGGCUUCAUUUCAUACGUUAAGGUCUCUAAUAAUGGAGAUCUAGAUGGUGGGCUAAAUCGUUCAAGAGAGGAAAGAAAAGGUGGGAAGAUCAUCCUAGUUAUCGUGCUCAUUGCUGUUGCAACAGUACUGGUUAUUUUUGGCGUAGUUUAUCUAGGGUUCAGGUACCGCCGCAAAAAGGAGAUACAAGAAUGUUCCCCUGAUAACUUGGAAGAAGAUGAUUUCUUGGAUAGUAUUUCUGGGAUGCCUAUUCGCUUCCGUUAUAAGGAACUUCAGAAUGCCACCAGCAACUUCUCUGAGAAGCUUGGCCAAGGUGGGUUUGGAUCUGUCUACAAAGGGGUGCUCCCAGAUGGAACACAAUUGGCAGUUAAAAAAUUGGAGGGCAUCGGGCAAGGGAAGAAGGAAUUCAGAGCUGAAGUUUGCACCAUAGGGAAUAUCCACCAUGUUCAUCUGGUCAAGCUCAAAGGAUUCUGCACUGAGGGGGCUCACCGGCUUCUAGUUUAUGAGUUCUUGGGAAAAGGCUCUUUAGAUAAAUUGAUCUUCAAGAACAAUAGAAAGGAUCUCCUGUUAGACUGGGAAACAAGAUUUAGUAUUGCAUUGGGUACGGCAAAGGGAUUAGCAUAUCUCCAUGAGGAGUGUGAUCCAAAGAUCAUCCACUGUGAUAUAAAACCAGAAAAUGUUCUUCUUGAUGAUAAUUACCUUGCCAAAGUCUCAGAUUUUGGCUUAGCUAAGCUAAUGAACCGGGACCAGAGCCAUGUGUUCACAACAGUGAGGGGUACUAGAGGGUACCUUGCACCUGAGUGGAUCGCAAACCAUGCCAUAUCAGAGAAGAGCGAUGUCUUCAGCUUUGGUAUGGUCUUGCUUGAGAUCAUUGGGGGAAGGAAAAAUUAUGAUCCGAAAGAGACUGCACAGAAAGCCCAUUUUCCGUCUUACGCCUUUGAGAAGAUGAAGGAAGGAAAUUUGAGAGAGAUCCUCGAUCCAGAGCUAAAAAUUGAUGGAAACUAUGAAAAAGUCAGCAAUGCAAUUAAAGUUGCAUUAUUGUGUAUACAGGAAGAGAUGGACAGAAGGCCACCGAUGACUAAGGUAGUCCAAAUGCUUGAAGGUGUUUGUGAUGUACCUCAGCCACCAACCACCUCUCAAAGGAUUUUUCAUAUUUACUCAACUUUGCUCAAAUCAAGCAGUGAAGAGGGUACUUCAUCAGAACAAAAUUUGUUGGAACCAAUUGAUUGGAACAGUCUAGCACCCUCAAAUGUUGAUCUAUCAGGGCCUAGAUGAUAGAAGGUAUAGUUGAUGAUGUUUGGAGCUUCCUAAGAUGAAAGUCUUCAUAUUUGACUCCUUGUACAUUUUUAAGCCAUAAAAUCAAGACUUUGGUGAUGCCUUUGUGUACUUUCCUAAUUAUGUUUAAAAUCUCAAGUUUUGCACUAGUGGGCCUUAGAAAGUUUUUUAGCUUUUUGUGAACUUUUUUUGGUGAAGUACCAAGUCUAUUUGCUUUUGUUUUCAGGUUUGAAAAUAGUGUAAUGCUGGAAAAGAAAACCUUUAACUUUUGAGUUUUUUUUAGUACUACUGAAUACUUUAAGGAGUAUUUUACAUCAUUUGCAACAAAAUAGAACUAAUUGUUGGCAGAUCGGAGGGUUGGCCGCAUCCAUCAACUCCCCUUGUGUUUGCCGUGAGCGUUUGGGUGAAUGCACUAUAAGGUUAGGGUAUACGUCUUUCCUAACAACAAUUGUUUUUAGGAGAGUUGAUAGCACCUGAGGUCCUACAAGUGGUAUCAGAGCCGAAGUCACGGGUUCGAACCCCAGGGGUAUUGCUGAGGGGGAGAUUGUUGCUAGAUCGGAGGGUUGGCCGCAUCCAUUAACUCCCCUUGUGUUCGCCGCAUACCUUUCCUAACAGCAAUUGCUUUUAGGAGAGGUGGUAGCGCCCUAUUAUAUAUAUUUGAAGUUGGAAUAGUUUGACCAUUUAAGAUUGGAUUGUAUGCUGUUAUUUUUUUUAGAAUUUUUGCCUAUUUUCCUCCUGCCUAAUGGAAUGGAAAAAGGGCCCAGGAAACUGGAAAGUAAGAAAGUUCAGCUUGGAAGCUCCUCUAUUCUUAUUACAGGUGCUUAUGUGACCAGUUUGAUCUGGUUUCCACAGAGAGAUGUUUGAUAUGUUCUCAGGUUUUGAGCUUGAAAAGUUGUGGACACCAUACCAGAAAGCUUGCUAGUUCAGAUGAUCCAGAACCAACCUAUAACUGAACCUGUGGCUAACCCAAUUGCCAAGAACAGAGCCAUCACAAAGCCAGCAGUUUCUGCUUCCUCAUCCGGUACUGAUUUAGGAGCAAGGAUCAUGAGGACGCUAGUCAGAUAACCAUUUGUCAACCCGAGCAUGCCAGUCAAAAGUAUCACUGGGAACUCACUUCUCAACCACUUGGGUCCAUGGAGGCAAGCUGCAAAGAGUGGAUAGAAUAAAAGCCUGGCUAUGCAGCCCCAUGUGACCUUGCCAAUACUCCUCAAAACAUAUAUGGCAGCCAUAGACUUCCCCAACAAAUCUGAAACAUUGUAAGUUGUUAUCAGCAAGAUUGGGUACCAAUCUUGAAGAAGCUUUGAUUCCACAUUUUCAGCUAAGUAUCCUGGGAAGAUUGACAGAGUUACAGCGUAAAUCACAAGAAUCCCUAGUGCUGCCCAUCGAAUUCUAAUAAACACAUUCCAGAACCUGGGAUGUCCAUUGGAUUCAGUUGCGUCAUAGGCCCUGCUCAUCGAAAUCCUUAUACCACCCAAGAAGUUGGAGGCUUGGGUUUUUCUGGCCAUGGUUCUCCUUUGCUGGUAAUUUUGAAUGACUGGCAACUUGUCCAAGAUGUUGCAGCAGAUAAUACAUACGAACACAAUAAAGGUGCUGAUGAUAAAAUAGAAGUGUGCGCUCGUCUGGAGACCUUUUGGGGUCUGAGGAAGGGACGCCUUUGUUAUGAUUCUCAAGAUGCAAACUAGAACCCCUGCAUACAGAGUCCAAACAAUACCUCAAUCAGUUGGAAAGAAGCAUAUGAAAAGAUGGUGCAUGCUGGAGCUUGUGGGCUCAUAUAAUGCGCUGAGCAUCUCAGGUCAUCAUAAAAAAUGGCAAGUUUAUUUUUUAUGAUCAAAUCAGAGAAACGGACUGAUGGAGUUAUACUAUUUGCUUAGUUCAAUAUUGUGCCUCAUAGUUCUGUUUGGUGAAUGGCUUUUACUUCUCAAUUAUGCAUUGUGGAAAGAUGUAAACUCUUCUCUGUGAACAAUAAAUGAUAUAGUACCUGAAGACGCCGUUCCUGCAAAAACAGCCUGCAUGUACCGUCCUGGUAGCUCCCCUGCUGCUCCUAUCAAGCUUCCUCCUAUCAAUCCAUCUGCCAAACCACAAAUUGUCACUGCUAAAAUGAUAAUACCAUAAGCUCCAUUGAGGUUUGCUCCUGGCUCGUUUUUAUGACCAAUCCAAUCCAUAAUUGGUGCAGUCAUCAAUGCAAGUAUGAACAAGGAAAAUCCCAAGUUCAUCCUCGUUCUGAAACGGGGCAGCUUGUUCCAGCUACUGCAACACAUCAAAAGAACCAGAACUAGAAGGGAUGAACCCAUGUACGCCACUGGGAACGCCUUAUCAACAUGCUUGUUGGGAUAAAGGUACCCAAAGUAAUCAACAGCAGUGAUUAAAGCGUUCCAUGGAAGCAAAUUCCCAGCCCCGAGCAAGAAAUGGAUUAGAUAUGCAGCAUUGUAGGUGUCUCUUAGCUCAUUUGGACCACCUGAGCCCUUUGAGCCUUCCAUCUCAACCUAAGAUGGGCUUCCCUGACAGAGCCGCUGUUAACUUAUAGGCCAAGUCAGAGUUCCGUCUUGUCAGCAAAAGGUGGGAAUUAGCAUUGGGAAAAUGCUUAUUUCCUGAAUUGAGUGAUGUGAGGGAGUUUGGAAUCAAUGGGGCUCCUGUAAAUGGAGAAAUGGUGGCAUGUGGGGACACCAGUGGGUGGAUGGAGAUGGUUUUAGGAGAGUUCCUUUUCCUUCUAGUACUAUUACACAUGGUAAGCACAUUGGCAAACUCAGGAUUUCCCAGGAACUUGCUAGGAUCUCAACUUUCCCACAGGUAAUAUGGAUCAUUAAUUUUGGUUGUUGGCUCCACUGAAAGUCAUGUAAGACAAUAUUGGAUUGUAUCAACUGAUUGGUAGUUUAAUGGAUGGUAUUGUUUUCCAA